UAUAUACCGUCAUAACAAAAAAGUAAUUUGUAAGAAAUAUUAUUCAAUUCACAAAUUGUCGUGUUGUUACAGUGAAGAAAAAUAUUCAAACAGCGAUUUAGUACUAUAAUUAUUUAGCGGUAUUCAAAAAUGGCUCGUCGAUAUGAUUCAAGAACUACAAUCUUCUCUCCAGAAGGUCGUCUUUACCAAGUUGAGUAUGCGAUGGAAGCUAUUUCGCAUGCUGGAACUUGUUUAGGAAUUCUUGCAAAGGACGGAAUCUUAUUGGCAGCUGAACGUAGAAAUAUCAACAAGCUUCUCGACAAUUGUAUCUUUUCUGAAAAGAUUUACAGAUUGAACGAAGACAUGGUCUGUUCAGUUGCUGGAAUAACAUCAGAUGCUAACGUUCUCACAAAUGAAUUACGAAUCAUCGCUCAACGUUAUCAAUUGCAAUACGAUGAACCAAUUCCAGUUGAGCAGUUAGUGUCAACUUUGUGUGAUGUGAAACAAGCUUACACUCAAUAUGGUGGAAAACGUCCAUUUGGUGUUUCAAUCUUAUAUAUGGGAUGGGACAAGCAUUAUGGAUAUCAGUUGUACCAAUCAGAUCCAAGUGGAAAUUACAGUGGCUGGAAAGCAACUUGUAUCGGAAAUAAUGCGGCAGCAGCCGUGUCCGUCUUAAAACAAGAAUUAAAUGAAACUCCAAUUACAUUGGCACAAGCUGAAGAUUUGGCCAUAAAAGUUCUCAGUAAAACUCUCGACAUGACUAAAUUAACUUCAGAAAAGAUUGAAAUGUCGACUCUUACACGUGAUGAAAAACAAACAAAAAUCAAAGUUCUCACUAAUAAGGAAGUUGAUGGUUUGAUUUCCAAGUAUGAGAAGAUUCAAGCUGAGGAGGAAGCUGCAAAGAAAGAAAAACUUGCUCAGCAACAGCAAAAAUCUUAAAUUUUUGGUUCAGGAAUCUUUUUUUCUUUUUUUGUUUUAAAAUUCAAAUUCAAUAAAACAUUAUAAAUCACUCAACACUGUAUUUAAAUAUUGUACAAAUAAUGUCGGUGCCUUAACGAGAUCGCCUGCAGUGUCUAAAUGUUGUUUGCUGUAGUUGAGGUAUUGUCGUCGCAUGCGAUUGAGUUGACU